UAGAGAUCUGUAGGGUUUGAAUGCAAUGACAUAACGUUAUUAUAUACGAAUGAAACAACGAAACAAUAAAGUGCCUGAAAACAUAAGAAAAGAUGAUGGGGUGAAGGAAGUAAAAGGGCUCUAUGCCAGCUUUUCUCUCCGUUCUCUCUCCACCCCGCAGCCCCGGUUGAGCUGUGCGGUGGUGCUGCCGCCUGGCGGCAGAGACCAGCACUGCCGCCCCCGACACAGUGCCCUGAACCUCCCUGCUGGCCCCUGCUGGGUGACACGGGACACCGGCGGCCUCCGUGGCUGCCGAGCAUGGGAAGCGCAAGAGCCAGGACCGAGCGGGGCGAUGUCUGGAAAUCAGAGUGGAGGGGUGAAGGAGAGUUAGGAGUGCCAUGAGCGGGGCCGUGGCGAUAGAAGGAGUGCAGGGCGGUGACUGAGAAUGCCAGGCGUGGCACCGGUUGUGCCGGGCGGCAGAGGCGCGGCCGCACCGCGACACGGGCCGGGGACACCGGGCGGGCACAGCGCGGACAGAGCUGCCCGUGUGCCACUCCCAACAUGGCGGCGCGAAAAGACGCCGCAGUUCGCCACUCCCAAGAUGGCAGAAAUGGCAAAACUACGUGACAGGACAGAUGGCCGGUCAGGGUUGGGCCACACUCAAAAUGGCGGAUGUGGCGGGACUGGGACAGAGGCGUCCAUGUCUCUGCCUGCUGCCGUUCCCGCAGCUCCCGUCAGCCGCCGGCGUCGCUGACCCCACAUCCCGUGUCCCCACACCAGGAAACACCGCGAAAAAUCGUGCUGAAAAGAGCUGGGUCGGCGUGGGAGUCGGCGGUGGGGGGGCAGCUGAAACGACAGACACCUCUGUGAGGAGCGGGGGGCCUUGAUUGUACCACACCAAAGAUGGCGGCUUGGCCAGAAAUGGCUUCCGCCAGCACCAAAAGUGGUGGUGAAGGGCGAAAGUCACGUGAUGCCGCACAAAAAUGGCGCAGUCACACUUAUCGACCUUCCAAAGAUGGCGGCAUCCUGCGCAUGCGCCUUGACUAGUAAAAAAUGGCGUCGCGGAAGCCCCCCCCUUCCCCUAUUCGGCUGCCUGAACUCGGUUCCCACGCCAACCCAGCGCUUUCGGCGCGAUUUGCCGCGGCGUUUCCCGGUGUGGGGACACGGGCUGUGGGGCCAGCGGCGCCGGGAGCACCAGCAAGAUGCAGCUGCUCUUUCGCAGGAGCUUUGUGGCACAAAUUCCAGUGAUGGGAAGAAUCUGGAAGCAGCUGGAUUUCACACAGUGGAGGUUGUGGCUUUUGCACCAGAGAAGGAGCUGCUGAACAUUAAAGGCAUCAGUGAAACCAAAGCUCACAAAAUCCCCGCUGAGGCAGCCAAACUGGCUCCAGGAUUUCACUACAGCACAGAAUUCCACCUGCAGUGGUCAGAAAUCAUCCAUAUCACCACUGGCUCCAAAGAGCUGGAAAAGUUGCUUCAAGGAGAAAUAGAAACAGGAUCCAUAACGUUAUUUGGGGAAUUCCAUAGUGGGAAGACACAGCAGUGUCCCAGCCUGGCAGUCACUGGUCAGCUCCCCAUAGACUGUGGGGGCAGUGAGGGAAAAGCCACAUCCAUGGACACAGAGGGGACCUUCCAUCCAGAGCAGCUCCUGGCCAUGGCUGAAAGGAAAAGCCUCUGGCAUCAAUGCCCUGGACAAGGUGGCCUCUGCCGGGGCUUUACCAGUGACUGCCAGGCCCAGCUGCUGGGUCAGGCUGGAGACUGAAAACUCCUUUUCUCCCGCUGGAUCCCCAGUCCGUGUCCCAGAGAGGCUCCUUUCCUGCUGGCACUGCAGGGACGCUCCCGAGGCAGUGGAGAGAGGGACCCGUGCGGCUCAGUGUGGGAACCGCCGGGAUGCGCCGAGCGGAGCUGGAGCUGUGGGAAGAGAUCUCCCUCUGGGCUGCAGGCACAGGGCAGGGCCAGGAGCUUCCUGGGCAGCGUUCCCACAGCAAUUCCCUGCCAGUCUCCCUGGAUCCCGCCCUGGACACGGUGCAGACAAUCUCGGUGGCCACAGCUGGGAGCUCGGUGAAUUGGAAGCAAAGCUGAAGGGUUUGUCCACCAAGAGAGGUGGUGAUCUAUAGAGCAAAGCAGAGUGGUAUUCCACAUGGGGAAUUUGGGAUUUGGGAUGGUCCCAAUCCAUACUCCAUAAUCUUUCUGUUCAUUUUCUUUUGGAUGCUGCAGCCUGAUGGGCUGGGGGAGCUGCUCCUUUCCGUUUCCAUUUAAUUUUCUGUAUUUAAUUAAUUCUCUGUGGAAAUCUGCUUUUAAUAAAAAGGCCCAGGAGGAUAUUGAUGACAUCCCACAGGUGUGCCCAGACCAAGGGUUGUUCUGGCUGGCAGAAGCUGCACCAAUCUCCCAGGAAUCUCAAUCUGGAUUUUCUUUUCUCCCGGUUCUCCCAAUCCUCACUUUGGGGGUGCAGUGCAGCCCUGCCCUGUGUAUCUCCUAGAAGAGUUUUGGGGUUAAAAGUGUUCUUUUAUAUUCUGCAGUAUUUAUAAUUUGAUUAAAAAGAAUAAAACCGUAUCAAUGUG